AUGUCGGCGACCAUCUUGGAGCAGACCCGAGGCGCCCAUGAGGACAUGGAGCGGCUGGAGCGGCUGAUCGUCAAGGACCUGAAGAACGAGGUGAGGACGCAUCAGGAGAAGCUGCACCAGAACCACCGCGUGCGGAAGAACCUGGACAUCAUUCAGGAGAGGGCGGCGAAGCUGGCUCGCACCUAUGAAGACUUCGAUGGCUCCCGGAGGGAAGAGAUAUCGUCGUUGGCAGGCGAGAAUACUUACAGUAAAUUUUACGAUCGAUUGAAGGAGAUCAAGGAUUACCACAGGAAGCACCCAAAUACAGACAUAACUGAGGCUGCCAACGACGAAGCCCUUCUUAGCUAUGAGCCACACGUCGAGUUCACCGGGGAGGAGUGCAGCGGCCGGUACCUGGAUCUCCAUGAGCACUUCAAUCGCUUCAUCAACGCGAAAUUUGGACAGCAGGUCGAAUACCACGAAUACCUGAGUUCGUUCACUGCAUUUGAGUCGGUGGAAAAACGACACAAGCUCACGAAGGCCUACAGGGAAUAUGUUGACCUAUUGCUUUCGUACUUGGAGUCGUUUUACGAAAGGACACAACCGCUGGGAUACCUCCCAAGGCAAUACAAAAGGGGACUUGUUGAGGCAGUACAGGCAGUACCAGGAGUUGUGCCAUCAACAUGCCUGUUGUUGGCGAAGCUGCCUGACAGCUGUGGCUUGAAGAUGAUUUCAGGCCGGCCUGGGAUGCUGGAGUGA